UCCGCUCUUGAAGAAAGGCUAUUUGUAAACUUUGAGCGAAGGGCGUGCGAAGGGCGUGCAUUAAGCUCUUUUCAGAUAUCUUCUUAGAUUGAUAUUUCUCUCUUACAGGCGUGAGACACGCACUCAGAUGAAAAAACCAUGCUGUCGAGGCAUGUCAGAAAAAUAGGAGCUCAAUUGAGCUCAUUUGCCCUCAAUAAUGGCGUACUUCAUCAGCAGUCUGCCUGCAGGUGCCUGUCCACACAACAGCCACUGUACCUGCGCCGAUCUACUGGCCUGGGAAAGUUCAACGAACCGCUAUCUGGAAUGGAAAUGCCGCGGGCUGGGGGUAUUGCGACGAUGAUGCGACUACCAUAUCAAACGACCGCUGAAGGACUGGAUGCUUGUUUCGUUGGUAUUCCUCUGGAUAUUGGAACUUCCAAUAAAUCAGGAACCAGGUUUGGACCGAGACAAAUCCGCACAGAGUCGGUUCUCUUGAGAAAUAACAACUCUAUUGGCGCAGCACCAUUUGAGUCGCUUCAGGUUGCCGACAUCGGGGAUGUGACCCUUAACCUUUAUGACCUGAAGAAAUCUUGCGAGAUGAUUCGAGAGCAGUAUUCCACCAUCGUUGCUAAUGGAUGCAAGCCCCUGACUCUAGGAGGGGACCACACUCUUACAUACCCCAUCCUUCAAGCAAUUAAGGAUAAGUACGGCCCUGUAGGUCUGGUUCAUGUGGAUGCCCACGCAGACGUCAGCGACACAAUGCUUGGUGAAAAGAUAGCCCAUGGUACUCCGUUCCGACGCGCCGUUGAGGAUGGGUGCCUGGACUGCAAGAGGGUGGUCCAGAUUGGUCUUAGAGGCACCCAGUAUAGCCCCAUUCCAGGAGUCAAAGGCUUUAAUGAAGAAAUGGGCUUCAGAAUUGUUCCUGCUGAAGAAUGUUGGCACAAGUCGAUGAACCCACUGAUGGAGGAAGUCAGGGCCAUGAUGGGAGAUGGACCGGUCUAUCUGUCCUUCGAUAUCGAUGGUAUAGACCCAGGACUAUGCCCUGGAACAGGUACUCCUGAGAUUGGUGGUCUGACAUCCAUUCAAGCUAUGGAGAUAAUCAGAGGAUGUCAAGGUCUUAACCUUGUAGGUGGUGACCUUGUUGAGGUGGGUUCAUAUCAUUAG